AUGGCUCGUGGAUAUUCGACAAAGAGGAGACGAUUGACUCCUCCUGACGAUGAUGAAAGUUCCUCACGCAUCGUUCGUGGUUCGUCCACCGGUGACUUCUACAGCCGCGCCGCCGAAUGGGAUCUCGAGCAAGACUAUGAGCGCCGUCCACGCAAAGCAAAUAAGAAGGAUAAGGAAAGCAACAGGCUACCUAUAAAGACUUCAGAAGGGCUCGUACACCAUAACCAUGAAUCUGACUCCGAUGAAGACUCCGACAGCUUUCUUGGUACUGAUGAGGACGAAGGGGACGAAGAUGAAGAACUACCAGAGAAGAUUGAAGAGGAGGAAGAACUAGCCGCUCCAAAGGUCCCGUUAAAACUUCAGAUUGUACAGGCGAAGGAGGAUCUGGCGAGAAUUGCAGCAUUGAUCAACGAGGACCCCGAGGAGCACAUUUCAUCCUUUAAAACAAUGGCCGAUAUGGCGGAUAAUGGCCCACAUGUUACGAUCAAGAAGCUCGCAUUGGCCUCUCAAGCUGCUGUCUACAAGGAUGUGAUCCCUGGCUAUAAAAUUCGCCCUCUAAGUGGCGAAGAUAUGUCCGCCAAAAUAUCGAAGGAAGUGCGCAAGCUGCGAUCAUAUGAACAAUCUCUUCUUUCAGGGUACAGAAACUACGUCCAGAAACUGUCGGCUCUCACAAAACCAGUAAAGGCAGAUAAGCAUGAUGGCGUUGAUCCUGGACUGAGGAGCAUCGCAAUUACGUGCGCAUGCAGUCUUCUAACUUCAGUGCCUCAUUUCAACUUUCGUGUCGAGCUGUUGAAGAUCCUAGUAAGCCGCCUCGCCAGAAGACAAGUUGAUGCCGAUUUUAUCAAAUGCCGGGAGACACUGGAAGAGAUAUUUUCUAAAGAUGAUGAUGGGAUUGUCUCUCUCGAAGCCGUCCGUCUACUUUCAAAAAUGAUGAAGGCCAAAGAAUUCAGAGUCCAUGAAAGUGUCUUGAAUACAUUCCUCCACCUCCGGCUUCUGUCCGAAUUCUCCUCAAAGGGUUCUAAAGAUCGGAUUGACAAGGAAUCAGAUGCAGAGAACGAUAUCGGCGGCAAGAAACGAAAGCAGAAGCGCGAGUUCCGCACGAAGAAAGAGCGUAAGAUCGAACGAGAGCGCAAGGCUGUAGAGAAAGAUAUGAAAGAAGCAGAUGCAUUAGUCUCUCAUGAAGAGAGGGAGAAGAAUCAAGCUGAAACGCUCAAGCUCGUUUUCGGCACCUACUUCCGCAUCUUAAAACUGCGCAUUCCAACCCUCAUGGGCCCCGUGCUGGAAGGGCUUGCCAAAUACGCCCAUCUGAUCAACCAGGACUUCUUCGGGGACUUGCUUGAAGCUCUGAAGGAUCUGAUAUCCCAUGCCGAAAGAAACGAAGAGGCCGAGGAAGAUGAGAGCGACGAAGGGGUCGAUAGCAGCAGUGGCCGCGACUCCUAUCGUGAGAUCCUUUUAUGCACCGUCACUGCCUUUGCUCUCCUGAAGGGACAAGAUGUGAACCGAGCUGCCUCUUCCCUCCAUCUCGAUCUGAGUUUCUUCAUCAAGCACCUCUAUCGCUCGCUUUAUGCCCUUUCUACGAACCCAGAUGUUGAAUACAACCCGAACAAGUCCUUGCGUCUCCCUGACCCGACCUCAAGCGGUAACGACCAAGACGGCAGCACACCAUACAGAUCAAAAAAUCAAGUCAACUUCCAGACCCCAACUGUCCUCCUGUUGCGCUGUCUCCAGUCGACUCUUCUCUCCAGAGCUCACGGGAAUCCGCCGCCUAUCCGGCUCGGUAGCUUCACGAAACGCCUUCUGACGACCUCGCUGCAACUUCCCGAGAAAUCUGCACUCGCCACGCUCUCCCUGCUGAACCAGGUAGCGAAACAUCACGGGCGACGGAUUGCACCCUUGUGGCAUACGGAGGAAAGGAAGGGGGAUGGUGUCUUCAAUCCCUUUGCUGCGGAUGUGGAAGGGACGAAUGUCUUUGCCGGGACAGUGUGGGAGGGAGAGCUAUUGAGACUCCAUUACUGUCCGCAAGUUAGGGAUGCUGCCUUGAGUGUUGAGAAGGCUAUAUCCUCAUUGAAAUAA